AUUUCCUCCAGCGGGGGUGGAGCUUCACUUUGCUCCUUUUGAACCAAACUUUCAGGAACCGGAGGGGAAAAUCGCCUUCUCCCCCACCCUUCCCCUCUAACCCCACCCACAUUCCGGAGCUCACAUGAUGCCUGUUUGCUCCUGAUUGCAGACAGCGAGGAAGGGGAGUCACUCCGGAGUAUAUUAAGAGGUGGGCGCGGGCGUGUCUCUUACAGUUGCUGGAGCUGAAACUCCGCCGGACCCAUCAGCUGCAAGAAUGUCGUCCUCAGAAAGCGAUGCCGCCGCCUCUACAGUAACCGAAGAACAAGACCCGAAAAAUGUCGCGGGCAGGGUAGCCAACCUCCCACUGGUCAGUUCCGCCUACAACAUGGUCUCUGCGGCGUAUACAUCCACGAAGGAAAGCCAUCCCUAUGUGAAAUCCGUCUGCGACGUGGCCGAGAAAGGCGUCAAGACCAUUGCUUCGGCGGCUGCCAGCGGCGCUCAGCCCAUCUUGAGCAAACUGGAGCCCCAGAUUUCAUCAGCCAAUGAGUUUGCCUGCAAAGGGCUGGACAAGUUGGAGGAAAACCUGCCGAUUCUUCAACAGCCCACCGAUAAGAUCAUUUCAGGCACCAAAGAUUUGGUGACCUCCACCAUGACGGGAGCCAAGGACGCCAUCAGCAGCACGGUCUCGGGUGCGAAAGACGCCGUUGCCAGCACUGUGACCGGGAUGGUGGAUCGAACCAAGGAGGCGGUCCAGGGGGGUGUUGAGAUGACCAGGUCCGCGGUGGCCAGCGGAGUCAACACAGUGAUGGGCUCUUCUGUGGGGCAGAUGGUGACCAGCGGUGUGGAUGCUGUGCUGGGGAAAUCGGAACAGCUGGUGGACCACUACCUUCCCAUGACGGAUGAAGAGCUGGCUAAGCUGGCGACCGCCGUCGAGGGUUUUGAAAUCGCCACCGUGGAGCAGCAGAAGGAGCAGAGGAGCUACUUUGUUCGGCUGGGGUCUCUCUCGACCAAGGUCCGCCACCGAGCCUACCAGCACUCUCUGGGCAAGCUGAGGGAUGCCAAGCAGAGUACCCAAGAUGCCCUCGCCCAGCUGCACCAAACCAUCGAGCUGAUGGAACAUGUCAAACAAGGAAUGGAUCAGAAGAUCCAAAGUGGUCAGGAGAAGGUUCACCAGAUGUGGAAGCAAUGGAGUCAGAAGCAGUCCCCCGAGCUGAGCCAGAAGAACAUCCCUGAGCCCGAGAUGGAGACCCAAGCCUUGGAGGUCUCCCGCGGCCUGGCCCAGCAGAUUCAGUCGGCCACCAUGACGUUGGUCUCCAACCUCCAAGGCCUCCCAGCCAACCUACAGGAAAAAGUGGGCCUUCUCCGCCAGAACGCUGAGGAGCUCCGCGUGGCCUUUGUGUCCGCCAAUUCCUUCCGCGACCUCUCCAGCACCAUCCUGGCCCAGAGCAGGGAGAAGGCCUCCAAACUCCGCGAGCUGACGGACGAGUUGAUGGACCACGUGGUGCACAACGCCCCCCUGUCUUGGCUGGUGGGCCCCUUUGCUGCGUCCGGCAAGGCGGAGGCAGAGGAACUUGAGAUGCAGUAGUAGCGUAUAAGAGUGCCAGACCCUU